AUGGGUUCACUACCGCAAGCAAACCCUUUUAGGGUCGCCAUCGUCAAAGCCUACGAGAUCGAUGAGCCAAAGCACAGGGGAAUGCUGCAGUCGUUCCGCGAUAACGUACUGCAACAGGUUCCAGACGCAAUCAUUGACGCAUACCGACCGAUGAAGGAAGAUGGGCACCUGCCUGCACCUGCGGACUAUGAUCUUAUCAUCAUCACCGGUGGACUUAGCAACCUGUGCCAGGCGACAUAUGAGCCUUGGGUCGAUACCACCCUGGAAUGGAUCCGACACGUGGUGGGGCAGCAACACAUCACGAAGACGAAGCUGCUCGGAAUUUGCUGGGGUCAUCAGGCGAUUGCAACAGCUCUUUCCGGCAAAGUCGGGAGUUUUGAACAUCCAAGAGUCGGCGUACAGGUUCUAGCAUUGAACGACGACGGCAAAGCAGUAUUUGGCAAGGACUCACUUAAAAUCACGAAAUUCCACAAGCGUUUUGUGCAGAAUGUGCCCAGCGGCUUCAAGCCACUGGCACCUGAGAAUGAAAUUCUACUCUCCGACUCGGGGCUCGUUCUGUCACUUCAAGGCCACCCAGAGAUUUACGGAGAGUUGUCCAGACAGCUUUUUGAGAUGAACGUUCCGUAUUACCGGGCGACACUGCCAACCGAAGAUGAUCUUCAGCGAUACUACUCAGAGAUGUCCUCGAGUGAACAAGACGCCAAGUUGAUAUUCGAAAAGAUCAGGGAUUGGGCACAAUCAUGA